AGGGAACGUGCCGCACUGAUCUCUGUUUGCAGCAUCCCUGGAGCAGCCUCUGUAGUGUGAAAUACAAGAAAGGGCAAAGCAGGGGGAGCAGAUCCCUGGAGGCUGCUGGAGAUCGGAUAAAGGGUCUCGUGGAGGCUCUCAGAAUAGGGUUAGUUUGGUGUGUGGCGUCCGUCUGCUGAGAAAAUGGCUGUUUUGUCAAUGUAAACAGCCUGUGCAGUACCUGCAUUGCUUAAGGGGGAAGCAGAAGAGGAGGAGGAGGAAGAGGAGGAGGAGGGGCAGGCUCGGGAGGAAAUGUUGCCGCUUCCAAUGAAAAUUUCCGCUCUCUAGCUAGCCCCAGCCUGCUGCAGCUCACCUCUGAACUCAUGCGUGUUAUAUGUUAAGAUCAUAUGACCCUAAUGCCUUAGCAGAUCCCAGACCAGCGGGAAGACACCUGUGUCGACCAUGAGACACACUAGAGACUGAGCGACAUAAGAAGAGCCACAGUGAGAUUCGAACCCAGCCGUUUAGUUGGAGCAGUUACACCGUGACCAUGGCUGUAACUGCAGCUCGAACAUCCACAAGUCUCCUCUCCACAACUGCCACGACCACCACAAUCCCCUUCCUGUCAACGAGCACCAGAGAAAACAUCACCUCCAGAACAACGCUGAUGACUGUUACCAUAACGACCACAAACGAGACCAGCUUCAACGCCACCACGUUUCCAGAGGCAGUGAUACAGGGCUCGGGAAUCGGGAUGGUGCUGGUGCCCUUUGGAAUCAUCACCGUCAUUGGCUUGGCCGUGGCAAUAAUGCUGUACAUUCGGAAACGGAAGCGGCUGGAGAAGCUGAGGCACCAGCUCAUGCCCAUGUACAACUUUGACCCGGCUGAAGAACAAGACGACCUGCUGGAACAGGAGCUACUGGACCACGGGAGGGAGGGCAGCAUUGCAGGUCCCAACGCCAAGACGCUGACCAGCUCCCAGGGGACCACGCAGAGGCCCAGUCGCUUGGUGUUCACAGAUGUAGCCAAAGCCCUCAACGCUUAACAGCGCUCUUCCAUUAGGUGAUUUCAAUUUGCAGGAGGCACCGGCCGCGUUGGGAAACAGACUGUGACCCAGGACGGACGGCGCGGGGACGCUUCUAUCGCUUCCGACACAUAUGCGAAAUAGUUGAUGAACUAUGAAAUCAAACGAAAGGCUGCAUGUACGGGGGGAGCACGGCGGGGGCAUCACAUGGACUGUUAUUGUCGGCCACACAAAUGCCGUGUGAUGCACCUUUGUGUUGUUGCUGUUGAAAUGUUGGAAACCCUGUCAGUGAAGUUCCCCAGAGCUUCAUUAUCUACGUCCGUGUUUGAUAAGAAAGGAGUGUAAUUUUGUUGUUCUUCAGAUUUUGUGGUCUUACGUCUUGAACACUGGAUGUGUCACCAUCCUUACGUAAAAUGUCCCUCUUCAUUUUGUUCAUUCUCAACCAAGACUUGAAAUAUUGUUUCAGUGUGUACCCAUUAAAUUAUUCUACUUAUUUAAACCUA